AUGAACAACAAAGAAGAGGAAGAUCAACAAACUAUGACAAUUAGUAGUAGUAGUAGCAGCAAUGAUCAUCACAAUCACUCAAGAUUAUUUCAUUCAAUCAUUAAUAAUCAGUUCAUAAGAAACAAUAUAUUUGAACAUGUUAGAAAGAUACAUAUACAACUAAAACUAGAGAGAAGAAAGGAAUGUCAUAUGUACUGUCUCUAUGAUUUAAUACGAUUUAAUCGUGUUGAUCUAUUCAUCAAACACUAUCCCAUCGACCAAGUCAUCAAAUCUAUCCCACUACUACAAACAAAUCUACAACAAGGUGAAUAUCAAUCAAUGUUGGAUAAGAAAUUAUCAAGUUUAAUAGUAUUUGCAAUUAAAAUGAAUCAAUUUAGAGUAUUGGAAUACUUGAUAAAAUUGAUAGAUAAUAAUCAACCAGAAAUAGAUAAUGACGAUAACUUGAAAUAUGAUAUAUCGGCAACCAUGUUAACGUCAGAGUUUAAACCGUCGCUUGAAACGGCCAAGGUACUAUUGUCGAGUCGACGACUAAAGUAUGGUGCCAACUUGCUGCACCAAGUGACAGUGACCUGUGUCUUUGCAAACGAUCCUCAACUGGUUGGUCGUGCCAUUGAAAUGUACAAACUAUCAAAUCACUUUACAGCGACCGGUCAAAACACUGAGCCAUACCGAAUCAACAUGCAAGAUGAUAUGGAACGAGCAAUGGAGAUUAUUGAUAUAAUCAACGAAGAAGGAUUAAUCAAAAAUCUUUGUUGGGAUGAUAUAUCAAGUGACUCGCCGUUACAUUUAAAUCAUGACAUGUUACAAUUAUACUUGAAGAAAAAGUAUAUAUUAAAUGACCAAUACCACCAACAAAAUAAUAGUAGUAAUGGGUUUUGGAGUGUAUAUAGUAUGAAAAAGAAUGGUGUACAGCCAAGACUGUUUGAUGCGUGUAUUGUAGAGUAUGCUGAUUUGGAUACGUUACGAUCACUCUCUUAUCAACCAACCGAAGGACGCGAGAGAGAUAUGGUGGCGAUUGGAGCAAGCAACCUUGAUUUUUUGUAUUAUAUGCAAAACGAUCUUGGCGCAAAGGCAGUCAUGUCGGCGACACUAGGUACGGCAGUCAACCAACCACUCUCUCGGUCACUCAUCGAUUGUACAAUAUAUAUUCUCCAAUUACUCGAAAAGCAAGAGGAUAAUGGACAGCGAUUUAAAUAUGUACCAGGUAAUGGACUAUUACGACAACCACAACCAAGACCAUUAACAAUGGAGGAUGCUAUUUAUUUUAAAGGGUCUGGUGGAGGACAACAUUGGCAUAAACUUCGUGGUGACUGUUUGGCAUUGGCAAUUAAACAACGAGACUAUGAAUUGGUAGAUUUUGUAGCAAAGGAUGCUAGUAGACAAUCACUAUCAAAGGCACUCGAAACAGCUUUAUCCACCAACGACCGACAAUCAAUCGAAAUCAUUUUAAACAAGUUUAACGAACUCAAGACAACUACUUCGUCGUCUGCUUCAAUGAUGUCGUUGAGUAUAUCGGCCACUUCACUCAUCCGAGCAACCGAGGAUAACCAAGACUACCUCUUUUCACAUAUUGGAACGUCGUCACUUAAAUUGAUGGUGGCUGGCGAGUACCAAGAGGUGUUUCCACUGGCCACCAUCGAGUUGAUGAGUCGACACGGCCAUUUGGAGGGGUUCUUAGAGUCAGAGAUACAUAUUGCACACUACCUGCUCUACUGUUCCCAGGAAAAUAUUCCACUCUUUAAAACCAUCUUUCAACACAUUGUCGAACGUCAUCAACAAGAAGGUGACCAAAUCAUAGGACACAGUCCCGACUUUGACUCUUUGGGAGACUAUGAACCAGUCUUUAAAAAAGAGACUAAAUACGUACUCCAAGACGCAGCCAAAUCGGGUCGGUUUGAAAUCGCCCAAUUUCUCAUGGCUGCCAAUCCAACAUUACGACCAACCGAAGAAACCAUUGUACUAGCAGUCACCAACAAUCACCUAGAUAUCUUAUCACUCCUUAUCAAUUCACAUGCUAGUUUUCGAGUAAACUCUCAACUUUUCGCAAAAGUGAUGGCACAUUCAUUGUUGGUUAGUGACGAUAUGUUUAAAAUGUUGAUGGACGAGUUUAAACGUCUCUACACUGACAUGAUGUCACCAACAGCAGUCAUCCUAGAGAAAGCAAUUCAAAACCUACCACUCGAUUUUGAUCAAUUGUGUUUUGCACUGGAUCGUCUCGUUGCAGCUCACAGUAAUCUAUUUCACAAUCCAACCGAUCGAAGAACCUACAUUCAACCACCUCGUAACAUGUUUUCAGGCAACACUAUUCAAUCCUACAACAUGAUCCCUUUAGCCACUUAUUUCUAUCUUGCCAAAGAUUCAAAUUUAAUGUCUCAUCUAACUUUAGAUAAUGGUUAUGAUUUUAAUGAUUUUUAUUUCUUUAAAUAA